CCCUCACUGUAUGCUCUCCCUCACAUACACGUGUGCAUGCACUUCACAACCACACACUGCACACUGUGCACACAAGUCACGAGGGAGAUACACUCACUCAAAUUCCCAGCCCCAAACAGACCUCACCUCCUCGGUUGCUGCCAUCAGAGACGUGUUCCUUUUGUCACAUUCCUACAACCUGCCAGCACCUGUAAGGAAAGGACAUGGAGGCUUGCCCACCCAAGGCCAAAGGGCCCUGGCUGCAGCCCCAGAGACUUCCGUUCUACUGGAUGGUCAGAGAGGAAGACUGGGAGGAACGCAUGGACCAGGCUUAUAUGCUGCAACAGAAGAGAAUUCGAGAGUCCCCACUGCUUCAGGCGGCCAAGGAAAAUGACCUGUUUGUCCUUAAGCAACUUCUGCUGAAUCGAGCCUGUGACUUUUGGCAAAGAGGAGGCCUGGGGGAAACAGCGCUGCACGUAGCAGCCCUCUAUGAUAACCUGGAGGCUGCUGUGGUGCUGAUGGAGGCUGCCCCAGAGCUGGCCAAGGAGCCCACAUUGUGUGAGCCUUUUGUAGGUCAGACUGCACUGCACAUUGCUAUCGUGAACCAGAACGUGAACCUGGUGAGAGCCCUGCUGGCCCAUGGGGCCAGUGUCUCUGCCAGAGCUACGGGUGCUGCCUUCCACUACUGUCCCCGCAACCUCAUCUACUUCGGAGAGCACCCUCUGUCUUUUGCUGCCUGCGUGGGCAGUGAGGAGAUUGUGCGGCUUCUCAUUGAGCAUGGAGCCGACAUCCGGGCCCAGGACUCCUUGGGAAACACAGUGCUGCACAUCCUCGUUCUCCAGCCCAACAAAACCUUUGCCUGUCAGAUGUACAAUCUUCUGCUGUCCUAUGAUGGCCUUAAAGACCACCUGCGACCCCUGGAAGCUGUGCCCAACCACCAGGGCCUCACCCCCUUCAAGCUGGCUGGAGUGGAGGGCAACACUGUGAUGUUCCAGCACUUGAUGCAGAAGCGGAAACACAUCCAGUGGACGUGGGGCCCGCUGACCUCCACCCUCUAUGACCUCACGGAGAUUGACUCCUGGGGAGAGGAGCUGUCCUUUCUAGAGCUUGUGGUCUCCUCCAAUAAACGGGAGGCUCGCCAGAUCCUGGAACAGACCCCUGUGAAGGAGCUGGUGAGCCUCAAGUGGAACAGAUAUGGGCGGCCAUACUUCUGCAUGCUGGGGGCCUUGUACUUACUCUACAUGGCGUGUUUCACCACGUGCUGCAUCUACCGUCCUCUCAAGUUCCGUGGCAGCAACCGCACUAAUUCUCGAGAUAACACCAUCCUCCAACAGAAGUUACUACAGGAGGCCUAUGUGACGCAUCACGAUAUGGUCCGGCUGGUAGGAGAACUGUUGACCGUUAUCGGAGCUGUGAUCAUCCUGCUCCUAGAGAUCCCAGACAUCUUCAGGGUUGGUGCUUCUCGAUAUUUUGGACAGACUAUUCUCGGGGGACCUUUUCAUGUCAUCAUCAUCACCUAUGCCUCGCUUGUGCUGAUGACCAUGGUGAUGCGGAUCACCAACACCAAUGGGGAGGUGGUGCCCAUGUCCUUGGCCCUGGUGCUGGGCUGGUGCAGUGUCAUGUACUUUGCCCGAGGAUUCCAGAUGUUGGGCCCCUUCACCAUUAUGAUUCAGAAGAUGAUUUUUGGAGACCUCAUGCGUUUCUGCUGGCUGAUGGCUGUGGUCAUCCUGGGCUUUGCCUCAGCGUUCUAUAUCAUUUUCCAGACAGAGGAUCCAACCAAUUUAGGGGAAUUCUAUGACUAUCCCAUGGCUCUGUUCAGCACCUUUGAGCUUUUCCUCACCAUCAUUGAUGCACCUGCCAACUACGAGGUGAACUUGCCUUUCAUGUUUGGCAUUGUCAACUUUGCUUUUGCCAUCAUUGCUACGCUGCUUAUGCUCAACCUGUUUAUUGCCAUGAUGGGUGACACACACUGGAGGGUGGCCCAGGAGCGAGAUGAGCUCUGGAGGGCCCAGGUUGUGGCCACCACGGUGGUGCUGGAGAGGAAGAUGCCGCGCUUCCUGUGGCCGCGCUCUGGGAUUUGUGGGCUCCAAUAUGGGCUGGGGGAUCGCUGGUUCCUGCGGGUGGAGAACCACAACACUCAGAACCCUCUGCGGGUGAUGCGCUAUGUGGAGGCGUUCAAGUGCCCAGACAAGGACGACGGGCAGGAGCAGUUUUCUGAGAAACAGCUCUCCGUGGCUGACAGUGGGACCCUGGCUAGAGCCUCCCUUGCCCUCCCUACGCCCUCCCUGUCCCGCACCACGUCCCGCAGCAGCAGUCACCGGGGCUGGGAGAUCCUUCGUCGAAAUGCCAUAGGACAUGUGAAUUUUGGCCUGGACCUUGGCGAAGGGGACGGAGAGGAGGUCUACCGUCUCUGAGUGGGAUCCCUGUUCCUCUUGACCCGAGCCCAGGUGGGCUCAGGAGCAGGGACAAGCAGGAAAACAUCUGCCCACGCAAGUAUCUAACUUUCCUGCCUGUUAUUGUGGGAGGGCGUGGACAGUAUAUUCCCCCAGGGCCGGGUCUCACCCUUCACAUCAGCGUUUCUGGAGACGGCCAGUGGACAUACAUUGUUACAAGUAUUUUCUGGGUUCUAGGAAGACCCACAUCUUUGGAAAAAAGGAAUAUUUUGGACCAAAGUUGGACUUGGGUACAAAAACUUGAAAUAGGGUGUGGGAUUAACGUUAGGACCACUCCAUGUGACCAUUAGAAAGUCGUCUGCUGGAGGCUCCUCUGGCUCUGCGGGGUUUACUGUGGGAGGAGCUGGGCAUGGCGCUCAGAUUGUGGUCCUUCCUUUCCCCUAACCUGCAAGACUCUCUCCCCACCUAGCAACCAAAGCCCAACUACAAAACUGCAAUAAAAAAUGUUUCUUAUCCUUACCUUCUUUUUCUUUUUAUUGCAGCAAAACACAUGGCCCAUAAAAUUCACCAUAUUAACCACUUUUAAUUGUACAAUUCAGUGGCUUGAGUGGAUUCAGCAUGAUUCAUCUGCGGAAGCUCUUCCCUAAACUGAAGCUCUUACACCCAUUAAACAAUAGUGCCCCUGCUCUUCUUUCUCCAAACCUGAUGACCAAUAUAUUCUCCUUCCUACUUGUGAA